GCAAAGUAUUUAGUAGUGAAGGUGUUUACAGUAGGUAUGGAAUCUAUACAAUAUGUUGAAUUUAUUAUUGGCAUUAUUAAAAAACAUGUUGACUAUAGCACCUUACUAAAGGAAUUGGUUAAUGUUAUUAAACAAAAAUUAGAGAAGGAAGCUCAGUAUACCAGGAUUAAGGAUUACUAUAGGUCUAAUCUAUCUAUUGGUCUUAUGUUGACUUAUAACACUAUAUUCAAGAAGAUUGUUUCUAUAUUGAAUAUUAAUUUGGCACUUAUUCUAUUGUCUCUACAAAGAGCUCAAAUGAAGCAGGCUUUAUUAUAUCAAGAGAUCUUAAUUUCAGUUGAUCAGAUUAAAGAGUUGGAUGCUAAUUAUAAUAACAUAAUUGAACGAUUAAAUGAUGUACCUCAAAUUCAUUUAGCUGAACUUAUGAUUGAUAUACCUUACAAUACAAUUAAAGAACUUUGGGAGGUUUUAUAUAUAGGUUUUGCUUUAAAGCCAAAUUAUGUUGUUAUACUCAAUGACUCAAUAUUACUUUCUAUUAGAAGUUAUAUUAAUAAGAAGGUUCAAUUUGGUACUAUAAUGUCUAUGACUAAAACUAGCAUUCAAAUUGCAGUAUCCAAAAGUGUUACUAAAGAACUAACUGGACUUUUAGUGCAAUUUAUUAUGAAAUAUUGUCAUGAUAUAGGACUAGGCAUAAAAGAUACUUCAUCAUUACCAAACAUUAUAUUACAAGAGUUUUUUACUACUGAAGUUAUGAAAUCUACAUCCAAUCAUGUAUCAGAAUCUUCUACUGUUACUCAAGUAAUACAACAAUCAUUGAGUAAUUUUACUGAAGUGUCUAAUCCAGAAUAUUAUAGACCAAAAAGAUGGCCUUUUAAAUGA